UAACAACUCAUUUAUAUAUAUAUAUAACUAUAUGAACAAGUUAUAAAUUGAAUACCUGUUCUGUUAAUCUAAAUAUUGGAAUUUUUCCAAAAUAAUUACUAUAUAAUUAACUUACAAUGAAUUUACAGUUGUGAUUUAUAUGUUGGGUUUGCAAAUGGGUUAACACAUGUGAUCUGAUAUUGCAUGAUACAAACAUGCAGAGAUCGAUAAUAUAUUCCGAACGACAGUACAUCGUUUCACGGAAACUUCUUGGAUAUUUGUUUAAAUAUAAUUUAAAGAAACAUGAUGUAUUUAACAUUAUCUCCAGAAAUAUUAGUUUUAAUAACCGACAGAAUAGGUUAUGUUUUCCAUUAUCACAUCAGUCGUAUGGAAUAAAACACACGGGAUUAACUGGGACGAAAUUGCUGCUCUCAAAAAAUGAGUCGUUUAGAAUUUACUUUUCAAAGUUGUGUAAUGCAAGAAGUUUCAGCACAAGCUCUAGUAAUCAUCAACGCAGUUCCAAUGAAUCUGACGAUUCUAAUAAAGAAAACCCUAAAAAAUCAGAAUUAAAUAUGCUACUACUGAAAUUUUUUGGAAUAUUCUUUGCGUGUUCCAUAUAUUACUUAGUUGUGUCUGGAAUCUUCGAAGGAAUAGUCGUAGGAAUGGAUUGGAAUGAUUUUAUAAAUGAAGUACUUUUAAAAGGACAAGUUCAAGAAAUUAAGAUUUAUCCACAUGAGGUAGAAGCUACAGUAAGAACAGGUGCUACAUAUAAAGGAAGAAUCCUGUUUAAAAAGCUUACUUUUUAUGAUGUUCCCGAUGAUGUUGAAGAAAAAAUUAGGGCAAUAGAAAAACGCAUUGGUAUUGGAUCAGAGGAUGGAAUUUCAAUUAGAUAUGUUCACAUGAAUGAAGAAAUGGCUAUAUCAGAGAUAAUUAAGUUAUUAUUCACAAUUGGGUUCUUUGUCUUGCUCUUCAGGCAUCCAAUGAUAAAAAAACAAUUCGUCGGUUUUUCCUUUAUGAAUAAAGCAAAAUAUACGUUAGUGGAACCUUUUUCUGGUAAAGGUGUUCGUUUUAAAGAUGUUGCUGGUUUGAAAGAAGCCAAAAUAGAAGUUAUGGAAUUUGUUGAUUAUCUUAAAAAUCCUGAAAGAUAUACAAAGCUUGGUGCUAAAGUGCCUAAAGGAGCUUUACUCUUAGGACCACCUGGUUGCGGUAAAACACUUCUAGCUAAAGCUGUUGCAACUGAGUCAAAUGUUCCAUUCUUAUCAAUGAAUGGAUCUGAAUUCACUGAAGUAAUAGGGGGACUAGGUGCUGCACGUGUAAGGGAUUUAUUUGCAGAAGCUAAAAAAAGAGCGCCCAGUAUCAUCUAUAUAGAUGAAAUUGAUGCAAUAGGCAAGAAACGAGAAGAAUCGUAUAGCGCAUCUAGUAACAGUGAAUCCGAGAGAACAUUAAAUCAACUUUUAGUAGAAAUGGAUGGAAUGAUAGAGUCAAAGGAUAUUAUUAUUUUAGCUUCAACAAAUAGAGCAGAAGUUCUAGAUAAAGCUUUAUUGAGAUGUGGUAGAUUUGAUAGACAUAUUUUAAUCGAUUUUCCGACUUUAGAAGAAAGAAAAGACAUUUUUGAUUAUCAUCUUCAGUCGUUAUCAUUAGAAGGCACUCCAAUGAAAUAUGCUAAAUAUUUAGCUCACCUUACUCCUGGUUUUAGUGGAGCUGAGAUAGCAAACGUCUGUAACGAGGCUGCAUUACACGCAGCAAACGAAAAAAAAGUUAAAAUCGAUAAUAAUGAUCUCAUGUAUGCAAUUGAUAAAGUAUUAGGUGGUACAGUCAAAAAAUCUAGUACAUUGACACCUCCUGAGAAAGAAGUUAUUGUUUAUCAUGAAGCUGGUCAUGCAGUAGCAGCAUGGAUGUUGGAAUAUGCAAAUCCUUUAAUUAAAAUAACAGUAGUACCAAGAACAAAUAAACAAUUGGGUUUUUCUCAGUAUUCUGAUUCAAAUCUAAAACUUCUAAGUUCAAAACACCUUUUUGAACGUAUGUGUGUACUAUUAGGCGGUAGAGUUGCAGAAAGUAUAAUAUUUAACAAAAUUUCAACUGGCGCGCAAAAUGAUUUACAAAAGGUAACUGAUAUGGCAUAUCUCCAAGUUCAACAAUUUGGAAUGAGUCCUUCUGUGGGUUUGCUUUCUUUUGAUAAAGAACUAACGAGCAUGAAAACUAAAAAACCAUAUAGCAAGAAGCUAGGAAGUUUAAUGGAUGCGGAGGUACGAAGAAUAAUCGUUGAAGCAUAUAAAACAACUGAGAAGUUAUUACAAGAUAAUAAGGAUAAAUUGAUAACUUUGGCUGAAGCACUUCUAAAGAAAGAAACCUUGACAUACAAGGACAUAGAAGCAUUAAUUGGACCUCCGCCUUUUGGGAAAAAAGAUAUUGCAGAAUUGCAAGAAUAUAAUUCAAGUGUGGAAUAAAUAAAUGUUGAUAAUAUAUACGACGUUUCCCAAAAUAUCUCUACAGUACUGAUAUGUACCAGAAGAAAUGCUAUUAUUAUGUUUUAUUAUGUUAAUUUCUGUAAUAAUGAUUCACUUGUAUAAUAUAUGUAAUGUUUACUUUUAGAAAUAAUGAAACAAUAAAAGAAACUACAAUUUAGUGACAAAACUUUUA